AUGGCCAAGCAGAAGGCAGUGGCACAAAUAUAUGGAGAUUGGGAAGAGUUGUAUGCAGAGUUGCCACGUUGGAUGCUAGGAGUACAGUCAACAAUGGCCGGAACAAUAACCGUGUUGAAGACAUCUCCUGUUCGACUUCAUGGUGAGGUUGAUGAGUUGACGGUGUACUUUCACCGACUAUUCUGGACAUUCCCACCAUGUAUCGAGGCAUUCCAUCAUUGCAAGCCCCUGGAUGGGAACUCGAACAUCCUCCCGAUAGCAUUCGCCCUUGUGGAAGGAUUAGAUGCAGAGUCGUGGUCAUUUUUCUUGUCCAGCCUACGAGAGCAUGUGACUCCUCAGGAGGGUAUUCUUGUUAUCUCUGACAGGCAUAAUGGGAUCAAGGCAGCGCUUGAGGCACCUGAGACUGGGUGGCUGCCUCCACGUGCUUUCCGAGCGUACUGUAUUCGGCAUGUUGCUGCGAAUUUUGCCCUAACUUUCAAAGGUAAGGACUCAAGGAGGAUGUUGGUGAAUGCUGCCUACGCGAAGACUGAAGCGGAGUUCUAUUACUGGUUUGACAUCAUGCGGACUGAGAAUCCAACAAUGUGUGAAUGGGCCAACCGGAUGGAGUACGACAAAUGGACCCAACAUGAGAAUAGUGGUAGACGUUUCGGGCACAUGACAACCAACAUCAGUGAAUGUGUGAACUCGGUUUUAAAGGGAACUCACAACCUCCCGGUCACAUCGUUGGUUCAGUCAAGUUACAGGAGGCUUGCUCAGCUAUUUGUGGUACGAGGACAGACAGCAGAGGCACAACUCGGAUCUGGUAAUGAAUUUUGUCAGGCGUUGGCCAAGGCAAUUGAUCGAAAUCUCAGAGACUCUAGGUGCUUCACCGUUACUUUAUACGACAGGCAUCAAUCGGAGUACGCCGUGGCCGAGACAACACCGACCGGGCGCUUUUCGCUGGGUAGCUAUAGAGUUUCCCUUAAAGAUCACAGAUGCGAUUGUGGCCACUUUCAGGCGCUGCAUUAUCCUUGUUGCCACACCCAUGCUGGUCUACCGUGCUCUAUCAGAUUCUCAAACUAA